AUGGGUGCAGGGAUGUGGAGUGAAAUGAGCGGUGGAUUUGGAUUAAGUACCCAAUUAUUUGGGAGAACUGAGAACCCGGAACUGUUGUUAUGUGACAACAAUCAAGAAAAGAUAAUGACUAAUGAUCGUGUUGAGGAAAUUAUAACGGAAAAAGGGAAGCAAAAAAUGUUGUCUCGAGAAACAAUUUCAAAGUACUUUUAUAUGCCAAUAAUUCAAGCGACCAAGGAACUUAAUAUUGGGGUGACAUUUUUGAAGAUAAGAUGUAGGGAUUUGGGGAUUCGAAGGUGGCCACAUAGGAAGUUAAUGAGUCUUCAAACACUAAUCAAGAAUGUUAAGGAAUUGAAGGGGGGGGGAAGGAAAUGGUAUGGAACAAAAGUGGAAGGAUGUGAUAGAUUCAUUAGAGGAAGAGAAAAGAAAAGGAUGGAAGAAAUUCCAGACAUGGAACUUGAGGAGAAAACAAAGAGAUUAAGGCAAUAUUGUUUCAGGGCUAACCACAAGAAGAGAAGGCUUAUGGGUAUGGCAGAAUUGCAGGCUUCUUUUGGUACUUACUGCGAUAGUGGUCCAGUUGCAGACAAUGAUGCUGCUAUUGGUUAUGGCCAUAGAGAGGAAGAUGAUGAAGAUGAAGUCAUUAAGUUAUUUCUUGCUGACUGUUUCACUUCCAGUAGCCCAAUCUUAUCAAAUGGAAUAACUUUCUUGUAUGUGGACCAACUAAUGUCAUGA